CUAGUGACCUCAAGCUCUAGUGCAAGCUUCACUUUUUCUGGAUAUCCUAUUCAUGUGCCAGCAGGUGUGACACUGCAGACUGCAUCUGGUCACGUUUAUAAAGCCAAUGUACCAAUUAUGGUGACACAGACUUCUGGAAGAGCAAGUAUUCUACAUCCAAUUCAGCAAGUAUUUCAGCAGCUGGGGCAGCCUCCAAUAAUCCAGACCAGUGUUCCACAAUUGAACCCAUGUUCUCUCCACGCCACUACUGAAAAAUCACAGAGAAUAGAAACUGUGCUCCAGCAACCCACAAUUCUUCAUUCUGGGACAGUGGAUAGGAAACAUUUAGAAAAUGCCACGAGUGAUAUAUUUGCACCUCCUGCAAAUGAGCGUGAAAUCAUGUCUGAAGCCUUGUAGAGUCAGCCGGAAAGUUCGCAGUACAUCAGUCUUCCAGGUGUUGUGUUUCCUCCACAGGUCUCUCAGACAGAUUCCCAAGUGGAGCCUGUGCUCAGUGUUUCAGGCAGCAUGACUCAAAAUCUGAAUGGUAGGCCCUUCUCCACCAGCCAACAGGGGGCCCAGCACCGGCACAUGUCUGAUACUCAGCUUCAUGUUCUUAAAAAUAGGAUGUUUGGAUGUGAUUCUAUAAAGCAACAAAGAAAUACAGAGGAGCCCAGCAGCCUACCUGUCUCAGAGAAGGAUUCUAAUUCUCAGAUGGAUUUAAGCAUUCAGGUAAUUGAUGAUAUUAAUGAAAUAAUUCAAAUAGAUGGAACCGGUGAUACAUUUUCCAAUGAUGAAAUAGGAAGAACAAGAGAUGUAGAUGAGAACCUUGACAUGCAGUACCAAAUUGCAACUAUUAGCUACUAG